UUUGCUGACCCACCAUUGUCAUGGAGUUAGUUUUUGGCGGCACCAUUUUUUCUCUCCUCCCCGAUGAUAGAGUUCCUAAUCGUUUAACAAUGUUGCAGAAAACCCUAUUUUCAGCCAUGGAAUCGAUCAUCAGCAUGAUGAGAGAAGUGGAGGUCCAGGAGAAAGCAGUGGAUAUUGUUCAAGAGGAAGCUUCUAGGGGAGGUUUGGAUAUCAUGGUCAAGGUGGAGGAGCUUAAACAGAUGUUGGCACAUGCAAAAGACGCAAAUGUCAUGCAUGCUGGAAAAGUCUUUGGGGAGAAAGCAAUUUUAGCAACUGAAGUGAGGGAGCUUCAGUCUUGAUUGCUCAACUUAUCUGAUGAGAGAGAUAAAUCACUUGUGAUUCUUAAUGAGGUUGACUCCACUUCAUUGAGUUGCUUAUUGCACUGCAUUACAGUUGGUGCAUGCUCUAUUUCACUAAUUUAUCCAUUUAUCUUUAGAUUGCUUCAUUUUUAUGCUGUCUUUUUCAUAUCGUAUUCUUCAAAAACAACAAUUGUAUGAUUUGUUUCUUUAUAUUUAUUUAUCAAACAAUAUCAUCACAAAA